AAUAUAUAAAUCGGACCAGUUUGCUGUCUUGGGUACUAUACUCCUCCGCUGAAGUCCAUCCUUCUUCUCCACACCAUGUGCCGAGCUUCUACCUCGAGAUCUCUCGCACCGACUUGCUGCUCAACAACCUAUUCAUCAACCUGCUUCGCCGCAACCGAUUCCAACAGGAGUAAGUCCAUUGUUUUUAUGGGUGGAUUUUGAAAAGGAAAUGUUUGCCGAUGCAAGAUUGUACAGGGCAUUAUGUCCCCAAGAAAAUUUUCCCCGAUGGAGCUAAAACCAACUUUUUUUGGUGCUGAAGAUACAAAUUCUGCUGGAAGAAUUCGGCAUGAUCUGUGGCCCCUGGGUGAAAUAAACCCUAAAAAAGCAAAAUUCCCUUGUUGUUUAGUUUGGACUCCCCUGCCGGUUGUCUCGUGGUUGGCUCCUUUCAUUGGACAUGUUGGCAUAGGCAGGGAGGAUGGAGUUGUUUUGGAUUUCUCGGGAUCCAAUUUCGUGAAUAUUGAUGAUUUUGCAUUUGGUGCCGUAGCCCGAUACCUUCAACUUGAUAGAGAGCAGUGUUGCUUUCCCCGGAACCUGGCGGGGCACACAUGCAAGCAGCACUACAAGCAUUCAGAGUUUGGGACGGGAAUCACAUGGGACGAUGCGAUCCUAACAAGCAUGCGCCACUUCGAGCACAAGUCGUAUAACCUCUUUACCUGCAACUGCCACUUGUUCGUUGCAAAUUGCCUGAACCGGCUCUGUUAUGGUGGGACAACGGGUUGGAACAUGGUGAAUGUGGCGGGUCUUGUACUGUUGAAGGGGCGGUGGGUGGACACCUUGUCCAUCAUAAGAUCCUUUCUGCCAUUUGUAUUGGUGCUCUGCUUGGGCAUGCUCAUUGUCGGCUGGGCAUUCUUGAUCGGGCUGCUAUCAUUCUCGCUCCUCCUCGUCGCCUGGUUUCUCCUCGGCACUUACUGCUUCAAGAACCUGAUGGAAUGUUGAAUCCUCCUCGUCGAGGUGUUUGUUUGUUCGACAAAGGAGUUGGUGAAAAGAAUGGUUGUAAGCAAAUUUGGAUUUUCGUCCUUUUUUUGUGACAAUAGCUGGCAUUGGAAUGAAAUUUUGAUAAUUCUUGAUUCGAUCUCUUCUUGUACGGAUAUGGGCCAUGUGGCUGCUGUCUCCAUGUCCAAUUGGCACGGUGAUAGGGUUAUAUGGAGACAUAAUGGAGUCAUGGAUAAUAUUAUUUAUACAGAUAGAAUUUUUACAGGUGA